GGUUCCUACGGCAGCAGCUGGACGGGGUGAUGGCGGACCAGCUGAACGUCGGGGUGAACCUGGAGGCCUUCUCCCAGGCCAUUCACGCCAUCCAGGCGCUGCGCUCCAGCGUCACCAGGGUCUUUGACUGCCUGAAGGAUGGCAUGAAGAACAAGGAGAGCCAGGAGGCCCGGGAGAGAGCCUUCAUCAGCGACUUCCAGGACAACCUGCACUCCGUCAACCGGGACCUCAAUGAAUUGGAGCGUCUCAGUAACCUGGUGGGGAAGCCGUCUGAGAACCACCCCCUCCAUAACAGCGGCCUGCUGAGCCUGGACCCCGUCCACGACAAGACCCCGCAGUACAGCCAGCUGCUGCAGGCCUAUAAGUGGUCCAAUAAGUUGCAGUACCACGCCGGCCUGGCUUCCGGACUCCUAAACCAGCAGUCCCUGAAACGCUCUGCCAACCAGAUGGGAGUGUCGGCCAAGAGGAGACCCAAGGCUCAGCCCACGACCCUCGUCCUCCCGCCUCAGUACAUUGACGAUGUCAUUACCCGGAUUGACCGCAUGUUCCCGGAGAUGACCAUCCAUUUAUCCAGACCCAACGGGACUUCCGCCAUGUUGCUGGUGACCCUGGGCAAAGUGCUGAAGGUGAUUGUGGUGAUGCGCAGCCUCUUCAUCGACCGCACCAUCGUGAAGGGCUACAACGAGAACGUCUACACCGAGGACGGCAAGCUGGACAUAUGGUCGAAGUCCAACUAUCAAGUCUUCCAAAAGGUAAGAGCGGCAGACGUGCCCUGA